AUGGCCGUGAGCGCUCGCCUCCAGGUUGCCUGGGUCUCGCUCCCCACACCCCAGCGGAGCCGAGUCCGCGAGGGACGCAUCACACCAGCUCUCCGCCGACCCUCAGCCCCCGCCCCGCCCAUGGCCGCGCCGGGACCCCGCGCCUUACGGGCCGCGCUCUGUGGCGGCUGCUGCUGCCUCCUCCUGUGUGCCCAGCUCGCUGUGGCUGGUAAAGGAGCUCGAGGCUUUGGGCGGGGAGCCCUGCUCCGCAUGAACAUCUGGCCAGCUGUCCCGGGGGCCUGCAAACAGUUCAAGCUCUGUGAGCAUUGUGUGGAGGGGCACAAAGCACACAACCUCUCUGGCUGCGUGUGGGAGCAGUGUCAGCCAGAGGAGCCAGGACACUGUGUGGCCCCAGCUGAGGUGGUCAAGGAGGGUUGCUCUGUCUACAACCGCUCAGAGUCGUGUCCAGCUGCCCACCACCACCCCACCUAUGAACCAAAGACAGUCACAACAGGGCUAGGAUCCUGGUCCACAGUGGCCUGCUAUGACCUGCACCCUGCAGGGAGCCCCCCAGUCCCUGAAGCCCACGGCCCUGGCUUUGAUGGGGCCAGCUUCAUUGGGGGCGUCGUGCUCGUGCUGAGCCUGCAGGCAGCGGCCUUCUUCGUCUUGCGCUUCCUCAAGGCCAAGGACAGCACCUACCAGACACUGUGAGUACCUGGCCUGCCAGUAGGGUCUCAGCUCACUUCCCCCACCUGACUCUUGCCCUUUAGGUCCCCUUUAAGUGCCAGUGCACUGUCUUCUCAAUGGGGCAGCACUAAGGGCAGGGCAGCGUGUUUCCCACAUCAUCACCCAUGGGAGCCACGCUUCUCAACAUGUGGGGUUCUCUCUGCCCCUUGCUGGCUGGGGCCAGGACUCAGCCUGGACCCUGUGUCUGAGAGCCCGACUGAGCCCAUCUGUCUUUGUCCCUCAUGCUGCCAGCAGA